UGACUUGCCGUUUGACUUGAACAAGUUUUCCUCCUAAGGUGUUUGCGUGUGACCCACCCAUGGCUUCACUGGGACAGAUCAUCUUCUACAUCAUGAUCGCGCUCAUUGUUGUCUUCUCAGCGCUCAUCAUCUUCAUCUUGUCCUUUACGCUCUCAGGCAGUUUGUCUCUGGUGCAAAGUCUCAACAGACUUCCUGUGGCCAACCUCGGCAAAGACCACAUGCUCAGCUGCUUCCUAACCCCAGACAGUCAACAAAGUACACUCAAAGAGGUGUCUGUCACAUGGAGGAAGGAGUCGCUGGCUGGAAUCGUUUACCGCUAUGAGGAUGGUGCCGAGAGCAACAGCGGGCAGGACUCACUGUACAGCGGCAGAGUAGAGAUAUUCAGUGACGUCUUGGUGAAAGGAAAUGCCUCACUGCUGUUGAGGAAGGUGCGACGCAGUGAUGCGGGCGAAUACACAUGUUCGUGCAGCCACUCGGGAGGCAGCGGGAACGUGAAUAUUGUCCUCAGGACAGCAGCUUUCACAGCACCCACAUUUACAUUGUCAAACGGUGUCCUAACCGCUGAGGCGAGCAGGUGGUUUCCCAGGCCCAAUGUGACAUGGCUGGAUGCUGACGACAACGUCCUGCAGUCGAGUACAGACUUCCAGCCGAGCUCCGGGGAGAUAUUUCGUGUGGUCAGCACACUGCGAUCGGUCAACGUCAGUGACACAUACAGCUGCAGGAUCGGGAAUGACCUGGUGGUGGCACACUCUGAUGCCACUGUGACAACAGGCUCUGAUGUUACCAAGGAAACAUACUUUACCUACAAUGCUGCAUCAGCCCCGCUAGCAUCAUAUUUCAGAAUUAUUCUGUGUGUGUUUUGGGUUAAUGUAAUGCAACACAAAUACUUCACAAAUUAAUAUAAAUGAUGUUCUGAUGUGUCACAGAGAUGAAGAAGUAAAUCGUUCAGGUAUAUUAAGUGCGGUGGCCUGGUAGUGCAAAACAAUAUAACAAAUUAAGAAACACUUUUACAUUUCAGAAAACAAAUUACCGCAAUUUCUCGUGUAUAAUGCGCACCCAUGUAUAAUGCGCACCCCCAAAGUUGCCCUCAGAAUUCUGGAAAACCCUUCAACCUAUGUAUAAUGACGUUUUACAAUGCAUGAUUUUGCUUCUACCAAUAUGAUCAAAACAUUAAGUAUUAUCUGUAUUUAGUUAGUUUUUUCAAAGAAUUAUUCUGAAGUUAAAACACUUUAUUUGAACACAUAAUACUUUCUUUUUAUUUACUUGCUCUUAUUUUGAAAUUCACAGCCCUGCUUUUAUUUCUUUAAAUGAGAAUGUGUUGUGCUCAUAUGUUUGAUUACCCAGGCGGAAUUUGUAAGAUGUGUGCAAUUAUUGAAAGAAAACAUGAAGGACCAGGCGAAACACAUUUAAUUUUAUUUUAAUGGGAUUCAAAUUAAACGGUCAAGCAUUUCAGAAAAGCAAUAUAAUUAAACAAAACAUAAUUAUAAAGAAAUGAAUGAUGGUUGUUGUUUCGUCAUCAGUCGUAUUUAAAAAAUAAAUAAAUAAAUAAUAAUAAUAUUUCACAAAUUCUGCCUGGGUAUGUAAACUUAUGAGAACAACUGCAGUCAUAUGUACCCGUCAUAUUGGAAUAAAAGUGUAAGCUAUACCUUUUUCAUUACCACUAGGUGGCAUACUAGAAUGAAAGUAUACAACUUUUUUAUAACCUCUAGGGGGCGAUGGCAUAUUGGAAUGAAAGUG